CUAUCUGUAUGCAACAACCGUUCUCCGCGAACCACGCACUGUCUCUAAUAUACUCAAUUCCUUUUCCAAAAGCCUGAUAAACAUCGCAUUAAAUCCGCUGCAUACAUAAUUAUUCAUUCCGCAACCGAGAAGAAAGAAAAGAAGAACAGCGGGAUCGAAAUUCUAGAAACCAGAGAGUCUGACAGAAUGUCGACAGUAACCACGACUGCGCUACAGAGCUCCAACCCCCCCAUCCUCCCACACGGUUUCUCCGCCAAACAACCAGCCACAAUCCGCCUAUACCCUCUCUCAAACUACACAUUCGGAACCAAAGAGAACCAGCCGGAAGAAGACCCGUCGGUACUGGCGCGUCUGAAACGGUUGGAAGAACACUACGAGCAGUAUGGCAUGAGGCGCACGUGCGAGGGCGUGCUGGUGUGCCAUGAGCAUAACCAUCCCCAUGUCCUGAUGUUGCAGAUUGCGAAUGCGUUUUUCAAGUUACCGGGCGACUACCUGCACCACGAUGACGACGAGGUCGAAGGGUUCAAAACACGGCUGAACGAGCGCCUAGCCCCCGUCGGUUCACAGUUUAGCGGCGAAGGGGUGAACGACGACUGGGAAAUCGGCGACACGCUCGCGCAGUGGUGGCGGCCGAAUUUCGAGACCUUCAUGUACCCUUUCCUCCCUGGCCAUGUGACGCGGCCCAAGGAGUGCAAGAAGCUGUAUUUCAUCCAGUUGCCGAAGAAGAAAGUCCUCUCUGUCCCCAAGAACAUGAAACUGCUCGCCGUGCCCCUCUUCGAGCUGUACGAUAACACGGCACGGUACGGCCCGCAACUCUCGGCCAUCCCGCACCUGCUAUCACGAUAUAACUUCGAGUUUGUGGAUGAGAAUGAUAAUGUGGUUGCGGUCACACCGGGGGAGCAGCCGGGGCCCGACAGCAGCGGUAGAAUGCCCAAGACCAAGGUAUUGUUGACGGGGGAGGAUGGCGGGACGGGAGGAGGAGAUAGUAAGAAUGGUGUCGGGGCCGAGGCGGCGGACACGGGGAUGGAAGGGGUUGAGGAGCAGUGAUGUAAUUUUAUUUUCCUGCUGUCUCUUUCUUUUCUUGUUUCUUUUAUUCACUUUUGUAUUCUUUUGAUUUGCUCUCUCUAUCUCUUAAGGCAGUUUAUGGCGUUGAUGAAUUAACUAACCACUGCGUAUAUCCCAAUACUAUUGCACUUUUCAGGGUCGCUACGACAUCAGCAACCUAAUGCAUGAAUAGAAGUCCACCUUACAAUCAAUGCUAGAAGAUUCCCUUCUUCUUUAUCAUCAUUACCCGUGGAAUCGGUGAUUCUUGUCAUGCUUAUGCCAAAAAGUCUGCUAUUACUGCGAAGUUGGAAUGAAUCAAUUUGACAAUCCCUCCUAUAACCCAUAACUACGACAGGCUAUAAUAUACUUCAUUGAGAACUUAUCACGCCCACUGUCUGCCAUCAGGUGCGUAAAGUGAAAGCCAUCGCUCAAAGGAGCAUUAUCGGUUCCAAUACUACGUCAUCUUGCUCCGCGAUGUAUAUCCUACUAUAGCCUACCCUUCUUCCAUCAACCUCCUAUAGUGUUAGGAUGGAAAAUAAAAUAUUACCAUAUAGAUAUGCCGUUUAAGUUAUAAAAGUAUUAAGCUCAGAUAACACCGCUGCUUGUCAAUUCGGAAGGCUGGACUGCCAUAUUAGCAAUAUUAAAGGGGUUAC